AUGAGCGCAUCGAAUGCAGAAGAAACACAGCAGGAGGACGUUUGGCGUUGCUCCUUUUGUAAUAUCGAGAAGAAGACAACUGAUUGCCGUCCAUCUAUCAUACAGAGCGCAGAGAAUUUGAGCACCUGUUCUGUCUCUCUGCAAUCUCGUCUUGAAGCAGAAAAGAUCCAUUCUCUUGCGUCGCGAACCCAGCUUACAACACUAUAUCAGGGCCCCACGAACGGGCAAUUCGCCGAGUCAGAUUGCGACGCUGAAAAGGCAUAUGACUGGAAAUGGAUUGCUUUCCGAGAUGACAGGCCUAGAAACUGUUGGAAGAUGGCACCACAAACCAGCGACUCUGAGGACGCAAAUAACGAGCUACCAUGGACCCAAUGCGCCGCACGUGCUGCACUCCCUCAGGUGGAGGUGUAUCCACGCGACGAAACUUAUACUCUUGAUUCUGAGUAUCUGGUAGCGGCACAUGCAUCGGCCAAGCAAUUUGAUGCUGAAACGCGACGCCGUGGUGCAGACUGGUUUCACAAGCAGUCCACGAUUUACUCCAAAGGUCACGUAGCUAGUGGCCUGCUUGAGGCACUGCAAGCGACCGGAUAUACCAAACUUGAGGCUGCUAUCCGUGCUCUCAGCAUCUUCUCAGAAAUGUUUGUGCUCGCCGUUUCUGGUCGCAAAAGCGAUACUCUUGCGUGCUACAAGGGUGCAGGCGCCAUCGCUACGGUCCUCUUGACGGAUUAUGUCGGAUCGGUCGAGGCAGGCGAGAUUCAGGCUCUGGUAGCCUACACUGCGGUUGUUGCAAGAUCGGACUAUAUACCAGCGCCAUCUUCAACCUUUCUAUCCAAUGUUAUCGCGCACAACACCCAAUGGAUUAGUGAUGGCAAGGCACUUGUAGCUCAAGGUGGCUGCUCCUCUCCGCCAGGACAAGCCCUGAGCAUCAGUGAAUACAUGAGACCGAGAUGGUCGGAUGGUGCAUGCGAUGCCUACGUCGGCAUUACCAUGUAUUCCAAAGCCAUUGCACGUGGUUACGACAGCGUUGGCCGCUUUGUGCAAUCCCUCGGAAGGGCUUGCCCUUGGGCCCAGGCUAUGCAUGAUACAGUGUUUUACUACAACGACAUCACUGAUGUUGUAAGCGAUAUUGCUUUGGGUGAACCGAUGAAUCUGUUUGUUCAAGCACGCAACGUGAGCGCAGAGAACCUCGUUUGGCUGGCCACAGCUUUGGCGACACUGGACUAUGCGGGGUCCAUGAAGUGCAACGGCUGCCAUUAUCACAGUGAUAGCGAGGAUUGGCAUUACGGCUCAUGCGUAUGGUACCUUGCCGCAACAAGAUACUGCACGGCGCCGCAGCUGUGGUUCACAUGGGCCAAAGAAGACACUGCGCCGCGCUGGCACGAGCUGAAAUGGCAAACUUUCACCCAUGGCUGGGGAGAAGGCAGAUGGCCGUUUACCGACUCAUGGCACAAGUCUGAUGCCCCUAUUGACCACGAUAUAGUGGAACACUUGGCUUUGCGGCUCGGGGUUGAUGAUGCGAAUGCAAAGAGAAAGAUUAGAUCAGUAACGGAGGGAAGCCCAACUGUGCCAGAGAUGGUGCGAAGCUUUAUACUUUUGGCUUUUCCACAUGAUACCUACGUCGCAUGCAUACAGGACACUGUUUUGCAGUUUUUGAGAGCACAUGGCUAUGGCACAGGAUCAUAUACUCUAUCCGAGGCUCGUUCCGAUGGUGCUGCCUACAACUUGGCACAUUCGUCUCUACUCGACAGAUUUUACUCAGAGUUGGAUAUGGCUGAAAGAAGCAAAGCAAUCAAAUGCAACGGUCAGAGACCCGUUUGCUCAAACUGCGCCACCUACGGCGAACAAUGUUUUUUUGAGCCCGUAAGUGAGCCGGCCAAAGAAGCAGGUCGGGCCCGGCACGUACGCGAGAAGAGCCAGCGCCCCCGCCAAAAGCCGACCGCGCGACGUCGGGCGGAGAGGCAACCGACCGCGCACGCAGAGGCGCAGACCGGCGAAGGCGAACAGGCCCGGACAUCUAUCGAAGCGGCAGAGUCUAGUCCUGGUGAGGAUGGCGAUGAUGCAGCCAGCGUUGAAGGUGCUACUAUGGGGGCCCAGCCCUCGCCGGAUUCGCGUGUCAGUCGCAUUGUCACCUCUGCAAAUGGUAUUUCUAGCUAUCAUGGACGUACGAGUGCGCUGUUUGAAGAUAGCAUCCCCGAGCGCCAGCAGGCUGGCGACGUACAGCCGCGCAUGCCAGAAGACUGGAUAGAGCGCGGCCUCGUCGCAGAGGCAGCCCGACAAAAUCAGAUGGAGCAGCUCAACUAUCGCAACGGCAAACUCGACUUUGACGGCAUCACGCCAGACUUGGGAAUGCAUCUUCUCUCCUUGCACUGGAACCGCCAGCACCACUCAUUCCUCGUCACCUACCGACCCGCCUUUAUGCGCGACAUGGCCUGCAGCGGCCCUUACUUCUCCAAGCUACUUCUCAACGCAAUCUACUUUGGCGCGGCAAAGUUUAGCCCGCGGCUCGAGGUGCGCAAGGACCCCGGCGAUGUGCGGACCGCGGGGUGGCAGUUUCGGGAGCGCGUGAGAACGUUGCUGGGCGAAGCGCUCGAUCGCAGCGACAUUACGACGAUUCAAGCACUGUUGGUGAUGACAAACUCGCUGUUUGCGUUGGGCGAUGAGCGGAGUGCUGCUUGGUUGUAUUCGGGGUUGGCGUUUCGGAUGAUUACCGACUUGGGUCUGCAUGUGGACUUGUCGAAUUCGAGGAGGUUCACAGAUGAAGACUUGGAGAUACGAAGAAGAGUAUUCUGGGGAGCAUUUGUUGUUGAUAAAAUCCAGAGCCUAUAUCAAGGGCGACCAGUCAGCCUCAAGGAAUCAGACGCGCUGGUCCCCAUUAGGUUCCUGGAUGUUUUUGAAGAACUAGAACCAUGGACGCCAUUCGCGUACUCGGAGUCGAGGUCAGACUUUGAAGUUACGCCAGCAUACAGCACGUCGACAUUCGCGAGCUUAUGCAGGCUGUCGCUCGUCAUGAGUGAUAUCCUGAGCACCAUCUAUACGGAACGCAGCUCUGACCAAAGCCCAUCAAAACUCGCUGGCGAGCGAAUAAACCUGCACAAGAAACUGAGAGAUUGGGGGGAAUCUCUUCCAUCUCAUUUGGAAGUCGAUGCCACUAAAUUACGUGAAAGACAAUUUCCACCUCCCCAUGUCUUCAGCCUCCACGCAAUGCAUCACGUCCUCGUCAUUCUCCUUCAUAGACCAUUCGUAGCAGAUGGACAUUUGUACAGCACCUCUCGUCAAAUCAGCGUCGACUCUUUCAUGAAGUGCGCAUCGUCUGCCUCGGCCAUUGUCCAGCUCCUGCGCGCCUACCACGCUGCGUUUUCUAUCCGGCGAGCGCCCUAUCUCAUCUCUUAUGCAACCUACGUCGCGGCCACCAUACAUGCACGCAUAGCCACGCGACGCAGCCGCGGCUCAACCGCCCACGCCAAACUUGCCACCUGUCUUGCCGUGUUUCGCGAAAACCAAGAGACCAACUCGGCUGUGCGCAAGGCCAAUGUAAUUGUCGAGAGUCUGAUGAAAAGGUUAGGUGUGGUGGUUGUGCAACGCGACUCUGCCGGUGCAUUGAGGAUGGAUCAAGAUUCGAGAGGCAAUGACGGAGCUGGCCCGCGUCGUCGGCAGUCAAUUUCGGUGUCGAAGCCUGUGCAAUCCCCGUCACCUUUGGCCUCGGACCGCAGCACAUCCGGAGGCCCUUCAAGGAUGCCUGACCUGCAAGAUGGAGGUAUAGCUGCUGGUGUUGCAGCUAGCUCUCCGGCGUCAGAUAUGGUGGAUGUGGACGGCAUCAUCCAGAGCUUUCUGCAAGAAGGCGAAGCUGCGGGCGGCAGAGCUGCUCCUCCCGUGGCAGCGCAAGUAUAUCCACAGCAACAACCCCUGCAGCAGUGGUUUCCACCAAACAGUCCAGCUCCAGCUCCAGCCUCGCAGGGUCAUGUAUACUCUGCGUCUACGCUUCCCGGCCAGGUGCCGAUGGUCUUUGGGGUAGUGGGUCACGCACCCGGUCAAGGUACGGCGGGCGCCGAAGCUGCUCCUGCCAUGGUAGCGUCGUGGCAGCAGCAGCAGAGUAGCCGCGAGCAUGCCGGCUUGGAAGAUCCCUUGUUUGGAUUUAACGGGUCUGCUCUGGAUGAUUUCUCGUUUUUGGGCUGGUGA